AGAAGCUAUUCUCGGCAAAGACGAUGCUACGUUAAUGAAAGAGGCUGUACAAUCUGGUAGAAGGGAUUGAUAAUGCCAAAAAUAUUCAAAAUAUGGGACUUUGGCCUGUUUUGAUACAACUGUUAAGUGAUGAUGAACAACAAGUUCGUACAGGAGUUGCUUGGGUAUGUGGUACUGCUCUUCAAAAUAAUCCUGAUGCUCAAAAAGCUUUCCUUGAACAAAAAGGCUUGACUCCUUUGAUAAAACUCUUAUCAUCCGAUCAAAAGACAGAACGUGCCAAGGCACAAUAUGCUAUAUCUGGUCUUCUCAAACAUUGUCCUACAGCAGUGGAAGAAUUCAAAUCUAUGAAUGGAUUUCAAAUCAUGGCAAACAUUUUGAAAAACAGUGCGGACGAUACACCAACGGUUAGAAAAGUUAUCUUUUUAUAUAAUACAUUAAUGAUAGAAAACCCAUCACUUGCUGAGGAACUAGUCAAGGACGGAAUGGUGAAGGUUUUGGAUGAUGUUAUUGUGAAAUACACUAUUGAAGAUGACGAAGAUCUUGUAGAAAAAGCAUUACGUACUUUACAUACAUUGGCUGAACAUCAAUCAUUCUCAAUAGUCAAUGAUGACAUGCGGGCUCAUAUCAAAAGUGCCAAAGAAAAAUUUGGAGCUGACAAUUUGAAUCUUGACAAAAAGGAAUGGGACGAUUUGCUUUCAACAAUCUCAUAAAAUAUCAUAUGACUGCAUAUAGAUAUAAAUAUAUAUAUAAACCAUCAUCAUCAUUAUUUUAUCUCAUUUUAAUAAUA